AUGUUAUCAUUAAUUCGUAGUAUUAGUGUGCAAUUAUUAGAAAAAGAUAUUUCACGAAUUAUUGGAAACUUUAGACGAUUACAGUCUUCAUCAGUCAACGUUGCUUCGGACUCGACUGCUGAAUAUUCAUCAACAGACUCUACAGUAGAAAAAGAUGAUUCUACGACUCGACAGACAAGUAUCGGACGAGCAGCAUGGAAAGAAAAUGUGAUUGAACAGCCCGUAGCAAUGACACCUGCAUAUCUCGAAGAACACUAUCGUGAACAUAGAGAAGGAGGAUUUUAUUACGAUCAUCGAAUUAUUGUGCCAGAAAUGCCUGAAAAAUAUACAGUCAAGCCAUUCAAAACAAUUAAAACGGGAGGAAAUCAUCCAGAUACAGGUCGAAAAGAAUUUCGUCGUGUUGGAGGUGGUUUGAAAAAGACUUGGUUGUGGGUGGAUACAAAACGUCAAGGACCGGCCAGUGGUCCUCCAUUAAUUGAACGUGUUGUUCGAAUUAUAAACAGUGACUGUCAUUCGGCUAAAGUAGCUCUAGUCGGAUGUGGUAAUACAUUACAUUAUAUAUUUGCAACAGAAAAUUUAAAAGUGGGAGAUUUAAUUAAAACAUCAAGUGAAAUACCAAAAAACCCAGUGGGAGCAUUGCCUGCAGGCACAAUGGUAUGUUGCGUCGAAGAUUAUCCAGGUUGGGGUGCAAAAUAUGCGAUGAACGCUGGCACGUACGCUAUACUAAUGAAGCAUAUCGAUAACCGUUGUAUUGUCCAACUGCCAACAAAACAUGAGAUAUCAAUCGAUGAAAAAUGCAUGGUUACUGUAGGACGCAUGUCAAAUAUUGAACAUAAUCAGUUUAUUCGUGGGAAAGCGGGUGUUUCACGUCUGAUGGGCAUUCGACCAAAACUUGGCCUAUUUCAUUUGAAAACAGGACGAUUUGGACGUCGACCUUUUCGACCCAAACCAAUUUUAGUUAUCACAGGUGAAAAACCAGAUUGGCCGAAUGUAAUCAAACUGCAAUCUCCAGAUUUAAAUUUUUAUGAAUAG